AUGUCCCUUACUUUUGAACAAUAUGAUGAAACAGUUAAGCGGAUUGCAAUAUCUUGUAUCUUGGGAGGACUGGUGUUGUGGACAGUCUUUUCAAUCUGGUACUUCAGGUCAUGGCGUCGAACACGAAUUGCACCAACAGACGAUCGUGUGGCAGACGCAGUUAUUAACACAAUGAAUCGGCUUAUCAUAGUUGAUGAGGCUAACAGAAUUAAUCAUGCUAACAGAGUUAAUGAGGAUAACACAAUAAAUGAGCAUAACACACUUAAAGGGGAUAGUACAAUUAAUGAGGAAAACACAAUUAAUGAGGAAAACACAAUUAAUGAGGAAAACACAAUUAACGAGGACAACACAAUUAAUGAGGAUAACAGAAUUAAUGAGGAUUGCACAAUUAAUGAGGAAAACACAAUUAAUGAGGAAAACACAAUCAAUGAGGAAAACACAAUUAAUGAGGAAAACACAAUUAAUGAGGAUAACAGAAUUAAUGAGGAUUGCACAAUUAAUGAGGAUAACGCAAUUAAUGAGGAAAACACAAUUAAUGAGGAAAACACAAUUAAUGAGGAUACCACUAUAAAUAAGGCUAGCACAAUAAAUGAGGAUGGCACACUUAAUGAGGAUAGCACAAUUAAUGAGGAUAACGCAAUUGACGAGAAUAACAGAGUUGGCGAGGUUAGGGCAAUUAAUUAA